AGAGAACAUGAAGUCACAGAAAGGAAAUCGAAACUAAGCACAACCAGAGGAACCGGAGUAAGUACAGGAUUGUAUUCUGGUUAUAUCCAGAGCAGUAAACAUUCAGAGAACUACGCAAACGGAGAGGAAUCUGCAGAAGCAAGAAAUACUGAAACUGCGGACAGAAUAAUUAUUAUGCAGUGGAAUAAACAGAGGAACAGAAAGGUUGUUCUUCAGUCCCUACCAGACUUUUAAGAGUGGUGUAUCUAUAUUAAGCUAGCCAUUCCAGCGCUCACAUCAUCAGUUAUGCAUCAACCAACAGCUCCAAAAAUUCCAAUUUUGAAUAAAUCCUGCCUAUUUGUGCAUACACCAUCAGACCGACAAAACCCAAAUAGAAGAUAUCUACAAUGCCCAGCAACAGGACAUCUCUAUUGUACGUCAACAGGAAGCUUAUACCAGAAGACGAUUAUUCCGCUGUAUGUCAACAUUUCUCCUUUAUUAAGUAUCAAUUCUGGUUUACUUCCCAGCAAUCCCACAUCAUGCACAAUAAAGACAUCUUCGGUAUGUACAAAUAAUAUAAAUCAACAGGAUAAUGGUGCUUCGACAAGUACUGAGAGCAACACAAGUCCCAAAGCUAAAGACGUCAAACAAGCUAUUCAGGGGAAUAACACUUCGAUGAGCAACACAGUUCCUAGUGUUAAAAAUGCUGAUCAACAAGUGCAAGGUACGAGUGCUCCCAAAACACAUAGGAAUAAAGCCUCCAAGAGCAAGGUGGACACAACUACUCAAGUCAAUUCACCUGUGCAAGGUGCAAGCAGUUCUUCUGUGUGCAGCCAGAGUUAUUCUGAUAUAACCACAAAGAAAAAAGAGAAGAAAUGUAGCAGAAAAACAAAGAAAAGUAAUUCUUCUGCGGGCAGUCAGAGUAAUUCUGAUCCAACCACAGAGAAAGCAAUGAAACACAGCACAAAAACAAAUAAAAGUAAUUCUUACUUCAGUCAGAGUAAUUCUGAUCCAACCACAGAGAAAGAAAUGAAACACAGCACAACAAAUAAAAGUUAUUCUUACUUCAGUCAGAGAAAUCCUGAUCCAACCACAGAGAAAGCAAUGAAACACAGCACAAAAACAAAUAAAAGUAAUUCUUACUUCAGUCAGAGUAAUUUUGAUCCAACCACAGAGAAAGAAAUGAAACACAACACAACAACAAAUAAAAGUAAUUCUUACUUCAGUCAGAGUAAUCCUGAUCCAACCACAGAGAAAGCAAUGAAACAUAGCAUAAUAACAAAUAAAAGUAAUUCUUACAUCAGUCAGAGUAAUCCUGAUCCAAACACAGAGAAAGAAAUGAAACACAACACAACAACAAAUAAAAGUAAUUCUUACUUCAGUCAGAGUUAUUCUUAUCCAAACACAGAGAAAGAAAUGAAACACAGCACAACAAAUAAAAGUAAUUCUUACUUCAGUCAGAGUAAUCCUGAUCCAACCACAGAGAAAGCAAUGAAACACAACACAAAAACAAAUAAAAGUAAUUCUUACUUCAGUCAGAGUAAUCCUGAUCCAAACACAAAGAAAGAAAUGAAACACAGCACAAAAACAAAUAAAAGUAAUUCUUACUUCAGUCAGAGUAAUUCUUCUGCGGGCAGUCAGAGUAAUCCUGAUCCAACCACAGAGAAAGAAAUGAAACACAGCACAAAAACAAAUAAAAGUAAUUCUUACUUCAGUCAGAGUAAUUCUGAUCCAACCACAGAGAAAGAAAUGAAAGGCAACACAGAAACAAAUAAAAGUAAUUCUUACCUCAGUCAGAGUUAUUCUUAUCCAAACACAAAGAAAGAAAAGAAACGCAGCAGGAAAAAAAAGAAAAGUAAUUCUUCUGCGGGCGGUCAGAGUAAUUCUAAUCCAACCACAAAGAAAGAAAAGAAACGCAGCAGAAAAACAAAGAAAAGUAAUUCUUCUGCGGGCGGUCAGAGUAAUUCUAAUCCAACCACAAAGAAAGAAAAGAAACGCAGCAGAAAAACAAAGAAAAGUAAUUCUUCUGCGGGUGGUCAGAGUAAUUCUGAUGCAGAGAAAGAAAAAAAAGGUAAGCUUGGACCAGUUUAUCAAGGUUUUAAAAUUUCUUAUAGAUGGCUUCGACCCUUCAACCGCAGACCAUAUCCUCACCGCGAUAGGCAAAAAUCUUUGUUGAGCAGCAAGUAUAAAAAUUGCAUAAUGGCUUCCUCUGUACAUGAGAUUAUUCACAGUCUGUUUGCUAAAAAUACAGAUGAGCAUAUGCCUGUAUCACAGGUAAGAGCUAUGCUAAGCUCAGGAGACAGAAAAGUCAAGAUGAGAAAUGAGUUGAUCCAGCAUAUGGAGGAGGAAGCCAUUCAUCAGUACAAGAAGAUGAACUUGGAAGAAUACAAACAGAGGCUACAUGUAAAAGACUAUGAUGUGGUCCACCAUCCAGAGAAGUAUUGGCUGGUGAGUUAUGGGCGAUGGGUCAUAAACCGGAAGGAUGAAGAGACCUGGCCCCUAAUGGUGAAGUGCUUACACAAGUAUCCUGACAGUACACUGCGGCAGGCCUGCAAACAUCGCUCCUUCUGCCUGAAGUGGAAUGGGACAUAUUACACCCUGCGAACGGACCAUGCCUACUACACUCAAAUUCAGUGUCAUAUGGCUGUUACUGACACUCCAUAUACAGAGCUAAUUGUCCAUACACACAAGGAGACCACGUUUCUGCCUGUAUAUUUUGACAGUGAUUUUUGGAAACAGACAGAGGUGACACUGGAAACAUUCUUCACUAGUAACAUUCAACCUUACUUGAAAAAAAAUAAGUCAAAAUCAGAUAAUGUUACAUUGGACAGUGACAUGAGCAAUGUCAUUAUAGAAGAAUAACCUAACUAUGAAUACAGUAUAUGAGGGUACUAACCAAAACAUGCUGUGGUUUCAUCUACCCAAGACUGCCAUCAGCAAUAUCAGGGCCCCAUAUAGGCCCCCAUGGCCCUUCUCACAUUUAAAGCCAUAUCAGCCAUAAUUAUUUAUCUUUUUUUUACAUCAGACCAUUUUGCCAUACACAUUAGGCCUCAUGCACACGACCGUUGUGUGUUUUGCGGUCCGCAAAUCCCGGAUUCGCAAAACACGGAUGCCGUCCGUGUG